AUGGAUAUCUUUGCGGAAAUUGACGAUAAAUUUGAACUAAUGAUCAAAAUGGCAACCAUUCCUAUGGCUGUUAUUAAUUAUGGAUCACUAAUUGUGGCCGCAAUGGGACUCAUAGUUAUGACCAGCGCUUUAGGAUAUGCAUUAAUAGACGACAAGACGGAGAUAACAGUUGACGAAAAAGACAAAAAACAAGAAAUAAAUGGAAAUAUAAACACAACUAAAGAAGAAGAGAAAAAGAGUGAGAGUGGAAACCGACAGAAAAAGAAGAUUAAAGCGAAUGCUUUCGUAGAUAAAAGAGACAUAAAAGACAAACAAGAAAUUAAUGGAAAUUUGAGAAAUAAAUCAAUCGAUAGACACAAAACAGAAGCCAUUGAUAAUCAUUCCGUAUCGCAGACACUGAGAUCUGAUCAGACAGUCGGCAACAAUAACAACCUUAAUAAUCAUAAUAAUGAUUAUAAUACAACGAAUUUCGCAAUAAGUCAACCGAAUAAUAGCAUUGGAGCUAAUAAUACAAUUCUGACAAAUGAUAGCCCAAUAAAGGGGACGCGAAAUACAGAUAUUUUUAUCCCGUUUAACACUACUCCAGAACCCACACCCGUAACCACUCCCGGGUCCGUAGAAUAG